AGAAGCUGUUGGGAACGAAUACUUCACACCUGGGUUAACUGCAAUGCUGCUGGAUGGGUUUAUGCACGUGUAUCCAUUGUGGAGUGCUGUCACUUUCGGCGACUUGACCCGAUAUGUUCCAGCAAAAAAGUUGAUCCUGUUCGACCCACCCGUUCCCAAUAGAGAUACAAACUCUCUUGUGGAGAACUGGUUUGGUGUUGUGAAAAAGGACGCCGUUCCCGGGGGAAGGACCAGGCUGACUCCUGGAAAGUUCAUAAGAUUUGCGUACUGCAACGUACGGGGUCGAGUUGCGGAGACACAGUUGCGACCUAGCAAAGGAAAGGUCGAUGUGGAAGCGGAAGGCAGAAAUACUUCCACUCCUAGAAGGCAGGGAAAGUACUUCCGUUCACCUCGUGAUGAAGACAUUCUGCAGCCAAAGAAAAAGAAAAAGUGUCCCCCUCACAAAGAAAACGCAGACAUCCCCAUCGUCAAAAACAGGAAGUCCUCGAAACGUGCUAGAACUUCACGAAAAGAAGAUAUUCCGAACCCUGAAGAAGAAUGGAACAAAAGGAAGCGUCACGACGACAAUAAGGUUAACAGAAAGGAAGGUAAAGCGAAAAAAGCAAAAGAGAAGAAAUGCCGUAAAGCAGAAAGAGAGCGGCGGAGCGGAGAUUAUCCAAGGUGGGGAGGGAGAAUCCAGUACAAAGGAAAAGAUGUCACACUAGCAAACACGUGUACAAUAGACAACAUCAUGGUCAUACUCGCCAAAGUUAACCAGCAGCAAAGCGUGCUACGAGAAACACUAAUGCAGAGUUCUGACAUCAAGAGCAGAAGAAUCUUGCAUAUUGCUGACCUAUGCGUCGCGAAAGAGUGGACCCUGGCUAAACUAGAGUGGCUACAUACAAUUUGCCAGUUUGAACUCGAGAUGUACACACCGCAGACAUGGGACGCAUAUGGGUCUGAAUUCUACAUGUUUGUACGACAUCUGGACGUUUUCCAGGCGAACACGCAGACAUCGAGGUGCUCCAGCCCAACAUGCAGACAAGCCGUCGUGACAAGGAGAAGCAUAUCCAUAGAACUCGGGUCUACAAAUGACGGUAAGAGAGGCACGGUGCAAGAUGCGCUAAACUGCUGGAUUGCCCCACCGCCGUGUCACCAAUGCCACAUACCACUUGCCACAGGAGAGCGCUGUUCGGGUGAGAGAAAGUGGGAAGAGCGACAAUUCGACCACUUCAUAUGUCCACCAAUCCUGUGCUUUAGUCCUAUCAUCUAUCAAUCCAGAACGAAGGGUGCAGCCCGAGUUACCCUUAUGUUUCAGCACAACGUUUCAUUAGGAACCGCAAGGUACACGUUACAGGGUAUGACGAUUCACAAAGCAGACCACUUCACAUGCAUCUUCAAAGAGGCAGGUCGUUGGUAUUGCUAUGAUGGGCUGACUGGUGACGUAAUGGAGACAGCAUCUCCAUUGCCAGCAAGAGGGGAAACAAUAGGGUAUCUUGUGUACCUGCUGGACGAUGUUACAUCAUGACGGCAAUAAUGAACGCGAUGAAUGGAGUGAGCGCCGAAGGCGUAUCGUGCUCUGAUUGUCUGACUGGACUUACUUAGGGCCAGAGGCGUCGAUGGGGUGGGGGUGGCAACCCCUCAUCAGUGAGAGAGUUUCAAGUCCCCCGAGUGACAUGUCCAAGACUGGUAUUACCUUAGCAAUGUUCAUUUUGCUUCGUACUAUGCCAUCUACUAAAGACAUAUCAAAUACAAAUGUCAACGGAGAGACUAUUUCAUGGAUAUUAGUUUUGAGGAGAUAAUUUGAAAUAACAUAACCAGAACCUUUGUUUACAUUUAAGUUAUUCACGAUAUCAAUAAUCUCUGUUUCAUGUACAGGUACAACAAAUAAUGAUUGAGGAUUUGAAUUUCUUAGGAACGAGUGGAAACAGUUAUUUGUAGCAGGGAUGUUACUGGCAAGGCCUGGCCCUAAAUUCACACCGAAAAGUUGAAUGCCUCUGCUUUGCCGAGAGGGUCUUUUAUUUCGGUUCCGUUGUAGACGAUCUUACUUAAUUCGAAUUGUUUCUUUUCACCUUUUCUGAGAACAUUAUUGAUAAUGUUCCAGGUUGAAUUUAUGUCUUUUUAUGUGUGGUGAAUUGGGUAGAGUAAUAAUUCUGUUUUGCCCUAUGUAUUACAGAUGUCAAGGUAUUACAAUUGGAAGUAUUUUUUAGUUUAGAUUCAUGUGUUUUUGUUUAUUUAUAUUUGUAAAAUACUAUUUUUCCGGUUAAUCGAUCUAAGUAUAGACUUAGUGAUUCAGGAGGAUUCAGGUACUUUUUUAUAACUCGACUUGGAAGGUGAUUUCAAUGGAAUAUAGAUAUCACAUAAAGUCAUAAUUAUAUAAACUAGCUUGUUACAACCAUCAUUAGCAUCAUUAUUGUCAAGAAUUACAGACCGGUCAGUGAUUAUCAGACUUGCUUUGAGUCUAUAGCUAAAUUAUCUUCUGACAUAUCACGUGAACCCAAUAUGUUAUUCUGAAUAUCAGGCUUGACUAUGUUAGAAAUAUGGGGUACAUGACUUUGUAAACACUGGGAAGUGAUCUGAUAUGUAAGAAACUAUAAUGCCUCGUUCCUAUAGGAAAUAUUGGAGAACACAUUAUCAACAAGUGUUGAUGCAUUAUCAGAAGUUUAAGUUGGUUUUGUUAUACUUUUGUUAUACUUGGGAAAAGUGAUUUUGAAGUCAAGAUAUCCAAGAAAUCUCGACUGUAUGGUUUUUCCAUAUGAUUGAAUAGGUUGAAAUCAUAAUCGCCCAUUAUCAUGUAUGUUUUUCAUUGAAGGACGGUUAUGUUAAUAUGGAUUGUAAUGUAUCAAUAAACUCAGUAUGAUUUGAGUUUGUGGGCUUUUAGAUUUCGCCGACAGUUAUGUUUUUCCCCUGUGGUACAUUGAUUUCAAUAAAAAAUGCUUUCGAUAGCGUCAAAAGGGA